AUGGCGACCAUAGACGAGAGUCCCUCUGCUAAAAGGUGGCUUCCUCUAGAAGCUAAUCCUGAUGUUAUGAACCAGUUCCUCUGGGGGUUAGGCCUUCCGGAGAAUGAGGCGGAGUGUGUCGAUGUUUAUGGCUUGGACGAGGAACUCUUGGCUAUGGUUCCACAGCCUGUGCUUGCAGUUAUCUUCCUCUAUCCGCUAACUCCACAGAGUGAACAAGAGCGACUGCAGCAGGAAGGUGUUGUGAAGGAACCUAAGGAAAGCGUUUACUUCAUGAAACAAACUGUUGGCAAUGCCUGUGGAACAAUAGGGCUUCUUCAUGCCGUUGGGAACAUCAAGUCAAAGCUCAAUUUGUCUGAGGGGUCAUUCUUAGACAAAUUCUUCAAAUCAACAGCCAGCAUGGAUCCAUUAGAGCGUGCUAAGUUCCUGGAAAACGAUCGGGAAAUGGAAACUGCUCAUUCUGUAGCUGCUACAGGUGGUGAAACUGAGGCAACAGACAACGUGAACACUCAUUUUAUCUGCUUUGCCUGUGUGGAUGGAGAACUCUAUGAGCUUGACGGCAGAAAAGCAGGACCUGUACUACAUGGCCCAUCUUCACCGGAGAGCUUACUGCAGGAUUCCGCUAAAGUCAUAAAGGGAAUGAUUCAGAAGAAUCCCGAGUCGCUCAACUUCAACGUGAUUGCUGUCUCGAAGAAAGAAUCUGCUGCUUGA